AUGGCGACCACUUACUCUUCCAACGACACUCAGGCCACUCAUAUCUCCCAGUUCGAUCAAGCCCAUGCCGGCCACAAGGGAGAAUUGCGCGAAGACUUCUUGCAGUUGACCGACGACGAACUCGUUUUCUACAAGCAAAUCACGGGAAUCAAAGAUGAUGCUGAAUUAAUUCAGCACAUCGUUCGUAUGCAGGCCGAAGCUUACCAGGUAUUCCCAUACCCAUGCAUCCGUUGGUUCGACUUCGUGAGACUUAGGGUGUCUCGCUUCGCGGUGUACUAUGACCUGCUGAAGCUCGGAAGAGAAAGGGAGGGUGCUCUCUACCUCGAUUUGGGAACAUGCUUCGGUACCGCCAUCCGCAAACCAGUACUAGACGGUUUUCCCGUCAAGAAUUGUAUCGGUUCGGAUCUUCGAAGAGAAUUCUGGGACAUGGGCUACCAGUUGUGCAAGGACUCUCCGGGGGUGUUCCCCGUCCCAUUUGUCCAAGGCGACGUGCUCGACCCGUCCUUCCUCAAACCAUCGGCGCCGAUAUAUACUCCGCUCGAGAGUUCCAAGUCCAACCCGGAGCUGUCCUCGCUUACCAAUCUCACGCCGCUCACUGGCAGGCUCUCCGCGAUCCACGCGUCGUACUUCUUCCACCUCUUCAGCGAGGAGAAGCAGCUGCAGAUCGCGCAGUCGCUUGCCGGCCUGCUGUCCCCGCUCCCGGGGUCGAUGAUCUUCGGCCAGCACGUCGCGUAUACGACCAAGAGCACGAUCAUCAUUCACCCGACCGGUGAGCCGGUGCCUAUGUUCUGCCACUCACCGGAGUCGUGGAAGGAGCUCUGGAACGGGACGGUCUUCAAAAAGGGGAGCGUUAAGGUGGAGGCGGAACUGUCUACGCUCCCCGUUCCCAAAGGUGCUCUGGAUCAUACUUAUUGGCAGCUUGUCUGGUCUGUGACGAGAUUGUAGUGAG